AUGCUGGUGAUCUUAGCCCUGGCUGGCUAUGACCACACCAUUCGCUUUUGGGACGCCCUCACCGGGGUGUGUUCCCGUACGAUAUCCCAUACCGACUCCCAGGUGAACCGAUUGGAGAUCACUAACGACAAGCGGUUUCUCGCCGCCGCCGGCCACCUCUAUGUCCGUCUUUACGAUAUCCGUCAAGGAGGAGCGCUGACACUGGGGCAAAUGGCCCUGGCACUGGCACAGGGGCUGCAAAGCAACAAUUCGCAGGCAGUGAUGACAUUCGAAGGUCAUACCAACAACGUCACGCUGCUUCAGUUUCAAAUUGAAAACAAGUGGAUGGUGACGCUGCUGGAGGACGGAAUGGUCAAAGUGUGGGAUGUGCGGGCGCCGCUGGUUCAGCGCAACUACAAGCACGGGUGUCCAGUGAACGAGGUGGUGAUCCACCCGAAUCAAGGUGAGCUCAUUUCGUGUGAUCAGGACGGGAAUAUUCGAUUAUGGGACUUAGGAGAGAAUAAGUGUACACACCAUUUGAUUCCUGAGGAUGACGUUCCCAUCAACUCGUUGCUGGUAGCUCUGGACGGGCUGAUGUUGGUGGCAGGCAACAACAAGGGUAACUGCUACGUUUGGAACAUGGCCAACUCCAAAGACACUACGCUGCUUACGCCAGUGACAAAAUUCCGCCUGCAUUCCAAGUACAUUACCCGCGUGCUUUUGCUGACGGAUAUGAAGCAUUUAGCCACCUGCCUGGCUGACCAUACGGCUCGAAUUUGGCUGACAGAACAAAACUUCAAGUUGGAAACGACGCUUCAAGGUCACCAGCGAUGGGUGUGGGACUGUGCGUUCUCUGCUGACCUGGCGUACUUGGUGACGGCGUGUCUGGAUCACUAUGUCCGUUUAUGGGAUCUCAGUAACCUGGAAACGGUACGUCAAUAUAACGGUCACCACAAGGGGGCAGUGUGCGUUGCUCUCAACGAUGUGUAA